AUGGAAUCCAAUGGAAUCCAAUGGAAUCCGAUGGAAUCCAAUGGAAUCCGAUGGAAUCCAAUGGAAUCCAAUGGAAUCCGAUGGAAUCCAAUGGAAUCCGAUGGAAUCCGAUGGAAUCCAAUGGAAUCCGAUGGAAUCCGAUGGAAUCCAAUGGAAUCUGAUGGAAUCCAAUGGAAUCCGUUGGAAUCGAAUGGAAUCCGAUGGAAUCCAAAAUUGAUGGUAUACAGCUCAAACAAUAACUAUUCAUUAGCAUUAUCUGUAUACUAUAAUUGGUAA